GGGCGGGCGGCGGCGUUCCCUCAGAGCUGAGGGUCCUCUUGCAGGUGUAUCGUCCCUGCUGUUGCUGCUGAGAAGAAAGGCGUGGUCUGAACAAGAGAGACAAUGGCGUGGCAACCGAUGGAGAUCAAUCCUGAGAUGCUGAACAAAGUGCUGUCCCGCCUAGGAAUUGCUCCUGGCUGGCGGUUUGUGGAUGUGCUAGGGUUUGAGGAGGAUUCCUUAAAUGCAGUACCCCAUCCAGCUUGUGCACUGCUACUGCUUUUUCCUCUUACUGCUCAGCAUGAAAACUUCAGAAAACAGCAGGUCGAAGAACUAAAGGGUCAAGAAGUAAGCCCAAAAGUCUAUUUUCUGAAGCAGACUGCCAGUAAUUCAUGUGGAACUAUUGGCCUUAUUCAUGCGAUUGCUAACAACCAAGAUAAAAUACUGUUUGAUGAGGGUUCUGCACUGAAAGAGUUCCUUAAUGCCACCGCUGACCUCUCUCCAGAUGAGAGGGCAAAACGUCUUGAAAACAAUAAGGCAAUUCAAGAUGCCCACAAUGCAGUAGCAGAAGAAGGCCAGUGUCGGGCUGAAGAUGAUAAAGUGAACUUUCACUUCAUUCUGUUUGCCAGUGUGGAUGGGCAACUAUAUGAGUUAGAUGGCCGAAUGCCCUUCCCUAUAAACCAUGGCGCUAGUUCAGAGGAUACCUUGCUGAAGGCUUCUGCCAAGGUCUGCCGGCAGUUCACGGAACGUGAGCAAGGAGAGGUCCGCUUUUCUGCUGUGGCCCUGUCUAAGUCUGCCUGAAGGUCAGAAGUUUAAAGUGGCACUGUAACUUAUCACAGAAAGCAGUUCAAGCCUGUAGUGCUUCAGUGCUUAUGUUUAAAAAAAAGGAUUUCCCCUCACAGCUGUUUUUGGUCUUGAGUUUAAAUUGUAUUGCUGGGCCUGUUCUCCCCACCCCCUUCUAGCUGCUUCAGCCUUGCUUGUCCUAAAGACAAAGCUCAAAUUAUUUCAACACUUUAAGUAUGUCAGAUACUGGGAACCCUUUAUAACUGUAACUUGUUCCAAUGUUUCAUAGGGCUUUAUUUGACUUGUGCCUCCCCAGUUGUUUCUCAAAUUGUUGUACCUUCUUGUUAAUCACAAGAAUAAAUAUUUUCUUGCUAUUCCAAAA